CCACCUCUCUCCCCUGCGGUGGGGGGCGCCGUAGACUCCCAGGAGCGGAAGUGGAGAAUGGGCCCCCGGAGUGAGGAGAGCGAGUGAAGCACAGCCUCGCGAGAGUCUGGGGGCCGAGGUGGGCGUGAGCGAAGGGAAGAUAGAGAAGAAGAAACUGGACAGGGCUCCAUGGCCUUCUGGCAGCAGUUGAUCUCUCCCUCUCCUAAGUCUGUAUGAUGAGGGAUGCUUUUUCAGGACUCUUCCCAUCAUUUUUGGUGAACAACAGAUAUAACUGAAAAUGACAAGUAGGAGACUUGAGGAGUCCAUGGGGGCUGUUCAGAUGGGGUUAGUCAGAAUGCUUAAAGGAUUCCAAAGCAAGGUUUUGCCACCACUGAGUCCAAAGGUGGUUACAGAAGAAGAAGUAAACCGAAUGCUAACACCCUCAGAGUUUCUGAAGGAAAUGUCCCUCACCACAGAGCAGAGACUGGCUAAUACACGCUUGAUGUGCCGACCACAGAUCGUUGAACUUCUAGAUAUGGGGGAAACGACACAUCAAAAGUUUUCUGGAAUUGACCUGGAUCAGGCAUUAUUCCAGCCCUUUCCAUCAGAAAUCGUAUUUCAGAACUACACUCCCUGUGAAGUCUAUGAAGUUCCACUGGUUUUGAGGAACAACGACAAAAUUCCAAGGAUGGUGAAAGUUGUUGAGGAAAGUUCACCUUACUUUAAAGUAAUCAGCCCCAAAGAUAUUGGCCACAAAGUAGCUCCAGGAGUGCCAUCCAUAUUCCGAGUCGUCUUCACUCCGGAGGAGAACAAGGAUUAUGCCCAUAUGUUGACCUGUGUUACUGAAAGAGAAAAGUUUAUUGUACCCAUCAAAGCCAGAGGUGCGCGAGCCAUCCUAGAUUUUCCUGACAAAUUGAAUUUUUCCACUUGCCCUGUCAAAUACAUCACUCAGAAGAUUCUGCUGGUACGAAACAUUGGCAACAAAGAUGCUGUGUUUCACAUCAAAACUUAUAGGCCUUUCUCUGUAGAGCCAUCGUUUGGAACCCUUAAUGUGGGAGAGUCCAUGCAACUGGAAGUGGAUUUUGAGCCAAAGACUGUGGGCAAUCAUAGCAAAAGGCUUAUUGUGUAUUACGACACAGGUGAAAAAGUGUUUGUAUCUCUGUAUGGAGCUGCCAUAGACAUGAAUAUAAGGCUGGACAAGAAUUCUUUGAUCAUUGAGAAAACCUACAUAUCUCUGGCGAAUCAGCGAACUGUAACUAUUUACAACCGUAGUAACAUCAUUGCCCAUUUCCAGUGGAAGAUAUUUGCUGCCCAGGAAGAAGAAGACAGAGAAAAGCAUAGGGUCUGUGAAGAUCUGAUCAAAGAGGAAAAGAAUGAGACUGAUGAGUUUCUUGAAGAGUGCGUUAUUGAUCCUUCUCUCCGAGAACGUCUUUCCAUUAUUUCCCGUACCUUUGAGAAUCAGAGACAGCUGAUUCGGGCAGACAGCGUGCUCUUCUUGAAUAACAUUUUCACUGUUGAGCCCCUGGAAGGUGAUGUUUGGCCCAACUCAUCAGCUGAAAUCACUGUGUACUUUAACCCUCUGGAAGCCAGGCUCUACCAACAGACGGUUUACUGUGACAUUUCAGGCAGAGAGAUCCGUCUGCCCCUCCGAAUCAAAGGGGAAGGAAUGGGACCAAAGAUUCACUUCAACUUUGAAUUGCUGGAUAUCGGAAAAGUUUUUAUUGGAUCUGUACAUUGUUAUGAGGCCAUACUAUCCAACAAAGGCAGCAUUGACGCCCUCUUCAACAUGAUCCCUCCCACUUCGGCCAUGGGGGCCUGCUUUGUUUUCAGCCCCAAAGAAGGCAUCAUUGAACCAAGCGGCGUCCAGGCCGUCCAGAUUUCCUUUAGUUCUGUCAUCCUGGGGAACUUCGAAGAAGAGUUCCUGGUCAAUGUCAAUGGGUCACCUGAGCCUGUGAAACUGACCAUUAGAGGCUGUGUCAUUGGCCCCACUUUCCACUUUAAUGUUCCAGCUCUGCACUUUGGUGAUGUUUCCUUUGGGUUUCCUCAUACCUUGAUAUGUUCCCUCAAUAAUACCUCUUUGGUUCCCAUGACCUUCAAACUGCGUAUCCCUGGGGAUGGCGUUGGCGAUAAAAGCAUUCGAGGUUGUGAGCAGUAUUCAGACAACAAAAGACCAUCUUGGAACAAGGAUGAAGUACCCAUAAUGAAACCAAAAGAAUUCACCAUCACCCCCAGCUGCGGCACCAUUCGCUCCCAAGGAUUUGCUGCUAUCAGGGUGACCUUAUGCUCCAACACUGUGCAGAAAUAUGAACUGGCUCUGGUGGUGGAUGUGGAGGGCAUCGGGGAAGAAGUGCUGGCGCUCCUAAUUACAGCGAGGUGUGUUGUCCCUACCCUCCAAGUGGUAAAUACGGAGGUGGAUUUUGGGCGCUGCUUCCUGAAGUACCCGUAUGAGAAGUCGGUCCAGCUUGUCAAUCAUCAUGACCUCCCGGGAUGCUACGAGCUCCUGCCUCAGGUGUAUGAGGACGCGCCCGCCGUGUUGCUCUCCAGCCCCAGGCCCUCUGGAAUCAUCCCUCCCCGCAGCACCGUUCACAUACCUCUGGCCUUGGAGACCCAGGUCACUGGGGAGCACAGAUCCACAGUUUAUAUCUCAAUCUUUGGGAGCCAGGAACCCCCUAUGGUAUGUCACGUAAGGAGCGUUGGAGAAGGCCCAGUUAUCUACGUUCAUCCCACUCAAGUUGAUUUUGGCAAUAUUUAUGUCCUAAAGGACUCCUCCAGGAUUCUCAGCCUAUCUAACCAGGCCUUCAUCCCUGCAUCAUUUCAGGCACGCAUGGCACACAAAAAGUCCCUUUGGACAGUUAAACCCAGUGAAGGCAUCGUUCCCCCGGAAACUGAUGUUCAACUGACACUGACCGCCAACCUGAAUGAUAUAGUGACAUUCGAAGACGUGGUCAUUUUGGAAAUCGAAAAUAGCAGCACCUAUCGGAUUCCUGUCCAGGCUUCAGGAAUUGGUUCCACCAUUGUUUCAGAUAAGCCCUUUGCUCCAGAACUCAAUUUGGGAGCAUAUUUUAGCCUGGACACCUAUUACUACCGCUUCAAGUUGACCAAUAAGGGACGUCGGGUCCAACAGUUGUUUUGGAUGAACGAAGAUUUCUGUCCCCAGAACAAGCUGAGCAAGAAAGGCCUGGCUAAGAAGGGACUUGCUAAGAGCCAGUCCCAGCACCAUUGCUCCCAGGCACCCGAGGCUUCCCACUGCCCCGUGUUUCAGCUCCACCCUGUCCGGAUGGAGCUAUACCCAGGCCAGACAAUCGAUGCGAUACUCGAAGGCUAUUCUGCUACUCCCAGGAUAGUGAAAGAAAAGCUGGUUUGCCACGCCAUCAUCGGGACACAGAGGGUGAAGAGCUUGGUGAUGAAUGUUAACAUCAUCUGUGAAUUCAUAGCGCCACUUAUCCAGCUCUCCACCAAGCAGCUCAUAUACCGACUGGAGAAGAAACCUAACACUAUCUUGGAACCUCAUUACCAGCCCUUGGUCAUGAAGAACAUUUCUACCCUGCCCGUGACUGUGUUGCUCUCAGUAAAUGAACCCUUCUUUGUCUGUGAGAUGGAUAAAUCUCUGCGGCCCUUAACGCCUGAGCCUAUUAAACUGGAGAUUGGUGGAGAAAAACACCUGCUGGUCAAAUUUGACCCUUCCCACAGAAACGAUCUGAAUAACUGGGUGGCAGAAGAAACUCUAGCAAUCAAAUAUGUGGAGCACCCUCAGGUAGACACUCUGAGUCUUCGUGGGGAAGUACAUUACCCCAACCUCAGCUUUGAGACCAUGGAGCUGGAUUUUGGCUGUAUCCUGAAUGAUACCGAGGUGAUCCGCUACAUUACAAUCAGCAACUGCAGCCCACUGGUUGUGAAGUUCCGCUGGUUCUUCCUGGUGGACGACGAGGAAAAUCAGAUAAGAUUUGUGACGUGGCCAAGGGAGCCCCACAGUGCCCUCCUGUCCCAGAUGGAGUCUGUCCCAGGAACCUCAGCAUCCGCCAGCUCGCCACCAGUCCCAGCAACAGAGUCCUCUGAGGUCAAUCUAAAUGAUUUUGUUAAGACUAUCCUUGUGGAUGAAGAGUUGGAGUCCGAAGAGAGAGAACCGCAAAAAACAGAAGUGCCCGUCAUUGUCAUCACAGAUGAAUUAAAAGUGAACUCUGCUGAAACAGAAAAAACAAACCAGAGCCAGGUGGAGUUUCAGGAAUCCCUGUGGAUAUUUGAACAGGAGGAAAUGCUUUCUAUUGGGAUAGAAGAAGUGUUUGACAUUUUGCCCCUCUAUGGAGUGCUGCAGCCACACAGCAGCCACCAGAUAUCUUUCACCUUCUACGGACACUGUGACGUUGUCGCGCAGGCUAAAGCUCUGUGCGAAGUGGAAGGAGGGCCCACCUACGAGAUAAUACUGAGGGGAGAAGCGUCCCUGGUCAACUAUUCCUUCGACACCAAGGACAUUGACUACGGAUUACAGCUGUUUGACCACGUCACAGAGAAUGAAAUCACGCUGAAGAACACUGGGAAAGUUGGCUUCGAGUUCAAGGUUCUGACUGACUGCCAGUCUUCACCAGACAACCUUGUGCCUGGAGUGCCACUCAUCCUGCCUCUCUCAGGUUUUAUCAGUUCACUUGAAGAGCAGGUGUUGAAGGUUUACUACUUACCCGGAGUACCUGAGGUCUUUCAGAGGAGUUUCCAGAUACAGAUUGCCCACCUAGACCCAGAAAAUAUCACACUGCAUGGAGAAGGAAUUUUCCCCCGAAUCUGCCUCGAUCUCCCCAGGAACCUCAAAGGAAAUGAAAAGUAUGAAACCUUCUUGAAUCAGGCCAGAAAAAACCUAGAAAAAGAGUGCAACAAAUACAAAAUGUUCCAUCACUUUGAGACAACUGAGGAAAUGCCUGAAGAUGAGUCUUUUGAGCUCCAGAUGGAAGUAGAGCGACUUAUAGUUCAAAGCUAUGCCUUAGAACAUCAGAAAACAGUCAUUCCCAAUCCCACAGAGGACGUCAGCCAUCGGAGUCGCCGCAGACUGGCCAAAAUCCAGCUGCCAGAGUAUAUCCUGGACUUUGGCUACAUCAUCCUUGGCGACGUCCGAAACCAUAUCAUCAAGAUCACCAACACCAGUCACUUCCCAGUGUCCUUCCAUGCAGAAAAGCGUGUCCUUCAUGACACAGGCUUCAGUACUGAGCUAGAUCGUGUAAAGCACCUGCCUUACUGUGAAACGGAAACAUUUGAAGUGAGAUUUGACUCACAAGGGACCAAUCUUUCUGUUGGAAACAAAGAAGUCAUUCUGCCCAUCAAGGUGGUUGGAGGGCCCACAGUUCACAUCUGUCUCCAAGCCAAGGUGAUCAUUCCCACUAUGACACUGUCCUGUGGAAAAGUGGAGUUUGCCACAAUCCAGUGUGGACAGUGCCUUGUAGAGACUGUGCAGCUUUCCAAUCACCUCCAAGUCCCUUGCGAAUGGUUUGUCCACCACCAUAAGCCAUUUAACAAGCUGGAGAAACACAUGCCAAAGUACUUAAGGCGGAAACUACAUGCUGAAUUAAAGCCAAAGACACGAAUCUUUGAGAUCCAGCCUACUUCUGGGAUCUUGGAUCCUGGUGAGAGGUCCAAUGUACAAGUGAAAUUCAUGCCUAAAGAAGAGAAAUUCUACAGUCAGUCCCUGGCGUUUCAGAUUGCCCAGAGUGCUCAAAAGCUCACGCUGCUGGCGCAGGGGCAAGGCUUAGAGCCACGCCUGGAAUUCAGUCCUUCCGUUCUAGAGCUGGGGCCACUGCUGCCUUAUGCACCUGGAGAUGAGGCCGAGGUGGUGGUGAAGAAUCCCUGUGACUUUCCCAUUGAGUUUUACUCCUUAGAAUUUGACCAGCAAUAUCUCAUGGACGAGAAGAUCCUGCGAACACUGAAGGGCUAUGAUUCCUAUAACACCCUGCUGCUGCCACCCCGUGUCCCUGGAGAGAAGCUGCCCCCAGAGCUGUACGAGUACUUUAAGGAGGUGAAGCGGUCAAAAGAAGAACAGAUGAAGGUGAAAUAUCUGGAGACGCUGGCGCAGGAGAACGAAGAUGAAGAUAUGCCCUUGUCAGACCAGGGAAACUCCUCCAGCACGAAGAGGACCUCACUGAGCCGAGGGAUAUCUGUCUCCGACCUGGGAGAGCGGCAUGAGUCUAAGGCCAACCCAGACGAAGAGGAGGAUGAGGAAAGCCUGGAAAAGAUAGUGUUUCAAACUGACAAGAUACAGAGCAAUGACAGCCAUUCUGCAGAAGAAGUCGGAGAAGUAGAGAACAACCCAGUGAGCCGGGUGAUCGCUCGCCACCUGGGCAUCGAUAUUUCUCCAGAAGGCCGCAUGGCCAAGAACCGGAAAGGCAUUGCCAUUAUCAUCCACGGGACACCCUUGUCAGGCAAGUCAGCCACGGCAGUCAGCAUGGCCAAGUACUACAGUGCAGCCUGCUUGAACAUCGACUCCGUCGUGCUGGAAGCCAUCUCUGAUGGCAGCAACAUCUCAGGGCUGCGGGCCCGGGAGCUCUGCAUCAGGGCUGCCAUAGAGCAGUCCAUGAAGGAAGAGGAGUCUGCCCAAGAAGUCAACUCAAGCCAAAAUACCGUGGGACAAAUACGACUGAGCAGUGAGACCCUGGGCAAGUUAACCUCAGAAUCCACCCUGGUAACACCGGAAUUUAAACCUGCAAAGUCUCUGCGUGGGAGUGUGCUGCUCGCCAAAGGCAAGUCAGAGAGCCACGGCUCUGGGUCUCAGAAGCAGCAUCACCAGCACUCAUCCGAGACACCACAGAUUUCCUCCAGCCCUCUCCCCUCCGGGCCCACGCAGCGCCGGCUCAGUGUCAGCGCCAGUAUCGGAGGCGAGACCGGGCUUCUGAGCUGUGUGCUCCCCGAGGAACUGCUCAUUCAGAUCCUGGCAGAGCGUAUACAGCUGAGUGACUGCUGCCGAGGAGUGGUGUUUGAUGGCCUGGAGACACUCUUUGCUCGAAACGCAGCUAUCGCUCUCCUCUGCCUGCUGAAGGCGAUCGGCAACCGGGAGUACAUCUAUGUUCUCACCAUGGUCCAGGAUUACGCAGCCAUGAAGGCCCAGGAGAAAGCCAAAAAGGAGCAAGAAGAGCAGAAACGCAUGGAAGCACUUGAGAAAGAGAAAGAGCGUCUCCAAAAAAUGGAUGAGGAAGAAUACGAGGCCUUGACAGAGGAGGAGAAAAUCUUGUUCAAUCGAGAGGUUCAUCAGGCCCUCAGGGAGAGGAAGAGGAGGGAGCUGGAGAGACUGGCAAAGGAGAUGCAUGAAAAGAGGCUACAGCAGGAGCUUGAGCGGCAGAAGGAAGAGGAUGAGCAAAAAAGGAAGAUCAGGAAACCAAAACAAGGACCAGUAAAGGAGGAAUUGCCCCCAAAGAAAUCUCAAACAGCGAACCGGCAGAUUCCUGCUUUGUCCAAACUAGAGGUCAAGAUGGAUGCAGUAGAAAGAAAAGUAUCUGUUAAGGAGCAGCAAAUGGCUGAGAAGGAAGAACUAAACAGGAGGAAAAAGAACCAACUGAUAGAUAACAACUUUGGGUUUCCUCCUGUCCUGGAACAAGAGGACAGUGAAGCGGACCUCCCCAAGGACACUGACAAGCCUUUGGCCCAGAAGUUUAAGACCUACGAGUUGACGUGGAAGGAUAUCCAGAACAUCCUCACGUACUGGGACCGGAAGCAGGGAGUUCAGCUGCCUCACACUGGGACCGAGGACCUGCCGCACGAGCCUGACGACCAGCGCCAGGUUCCAUCAGGCGGGCGCAGAGGCCGCAAGGACCGGGAGAGGGAGCGCGCGGAGAAGGAGCGCGCGGAGAAGGAGCGUGCGGAGAAGGAGCGCCUGGAGCGGGAGAAAGCCGAGAGGGAGCGUCUGGAGAAGCUCCGGGCAAUGGAGGAGCAGAGCGAUGGAGGAGAGGGGGACAAGGAGGAGGACCACGAAGGGAAGAAGGAUCUCGGUGUGCCGUUUAUAAACAUUCAGGCUCCUGACCUGGAAGGCGUCAACUGGAAGCAGGCCCUGGAGAGCGACAGGCUUCCCAAGGUGGAUCAGAUCCUAGACCUCUUGGGUCUGGGUUCCUCUGGACCUCCAAUCCCGCCUCCUGCCUUAUUCUCAAUUAUCACCUACCCUGUGAAGCGGCUGCCUUUGGCCACAACGGAAAUCCUGAAGCACUUCGUGUUUGUGAUUCCACCCUCCGAAGAGCUCUCUCUGCUGGAGGAGAAGAGAGAAGUGGAAUCAGAAGCAGAGCUGUCAGCCAUAGGCUCUAUGAAGGCCCAGGAGGAGCAGACAGCCUCAUCUAAGGGGAACAAACAGAAAGUGAAAGAAAAAUUAGAUCAGACCCGUGAGGCUCAGAAGGACAAACGUCGCAUGGCCUUCAACAGGAAGGGACUUUCUGGAGGAACUUCUGGGACCAUUGCCCCCCUGUCAGACAUAGAGCAGAACAACUUCUCUGGAGAGCACUCCCAGGAGAAGUUCAUCAGGCUGAAUCAUUUCCGGUGGAUAGUGCCAGCCAACGGCGAGGUGACAUUGCGAAUGCACUUCUCUGCCAGCGAUCUCGGGAACUUCGACCAGACGUUCAACUUUGAGGUCCUCGGAACUCGCCGCCAGUACCAGCUCUAUUGCCGCGGUGUCUGCACUUACCCAUACAUUUGCCAAGACCCAAAAGUGGUAUUCCCUCAGCGGAAGAUGGACAUGAAGACAAAUGAAAUCAUCUUUAAGAAGUAUGUUAUGAGCAUGGAGAGGUUUUACUUCGGGCCACUGCUUUGUGGAAAAUCAAGAGAUAAAUACAAGUCGUCCUUGUUCCCAGGCAACAUGGAGACACUGACGAUCCUGAACAACUCCCCAAUGGUCGUGGAGGUGUUCUUCACAUUUCAGAAUGAUGUCAAAGCGAGCACCUACUUCCUGGAGCCCAACAACAUGAUUCUAAAACCCAAUGAGAAGCAGAUGCUGAACGUAUGGGCCUACCCUACUGCAGUUGGAGUCUUUGAAGAUAGCAUUGUCUGCUGCAUCAAGGAGAACCCCGAGCCAGCCAUCUUCCAAUUAAGCUGCCAGGGGAUCCGCCCAGAACUGGAGCUGGAACCCAAGCAAUUGCAUUUUGACCGUCUCCUGCUGCAUAGAAAAGAGUCCAAGAUAGUUGUUCUCCGCAACGUGACACCACUGCCCGUGGCCUGGCGGGUCACCAGCCUGGAGCAUCUGGGCGACGACUUCAGUGCGUCCAUGAUGCAGGGCACCAUCCCGCCCAAGGGCGAGUACAGCCUGCAGCUGCACUUCCAGCCCUCCAAACCUGUCAAUAUCAAGAAGACCAUUCGGUUGGAGGUGUUAGACACGGAGAAUAUUGUGGGAGUUGUUCAGUUUGAAAACAUCAUGGUCUUUGCAGAGUCCUACGACAUCGCCUUGGACAUCACCUUCCCCAAAGGAGCCGAAGGAGGCCUUGAUUUUGGGAUUGUGAGGGUCAUGGAGGAGGUGAAGCAGCCCCUACAACUGAAGAACCGUGGGAAAUACGAGAUCAUGUUCAGCUUUUCUGUGGACCCCGUAGGGAUUUCAGUGACCAAUGUAAAUUCUAUGAUCUCAGUCCAACCCAGGAAGGGCUCACUGACCACAACGGAAAAGCCCACAAAUGUCCAGGUGUUAUUCCGUGCAAGAAAGGAAGUGAAGAUAGAGCACCAGCCAAUCCUGCGCUGUCAGAUCAUUGAACCCAAUAUCGCGGAAGGAGGUGAAAUCAUUGCCAGCAUUCCAAUUAAGUUUUCUGUGAAUGCAGUGUUCUCCAAAUACAACAUCAGCCCUUCCUCCAUCAUCAACUUUGGGGCUUUGAUUUAUGGCGCCCGUAAAAGCUCCAGCUUCAUCAUAGAAAAUCAAGGUGUUACUGACUUCAGAUAUGUCCUUUAUAGGCUGACGGGGGAGAGCCCCAUUCAUCAAAAGAAAGUAGUCAGUCAUAUUCGGCGUGCAAGAUCCCGAGAAAGCGAGAGCUUCUACAAGAGUGGCUUUUCCAAGGCAAGCAAGUUCUCCGAGUCUAUUCAGAAAGAAGUAAACAUUCCUAACCAGGCUCGCUUCACCCACGGCAUGUUCACCGUGUACCCUGGGUUUGGCUCCGUUCCUCCCGGAGGGGUGCAGACCAUCACCGUGGACUGCGUGGCCGACCCCGUGGGAAAGUGUGAGGAGCUGAUAGCCAUCGAUAUCUCUGACCGAGACCCAAGACACCACCCCGCUGGCAUUCCUUACAGCCUGUUGGCUGAAGCCUGUCUGCCAGCCUUCGUGACUGACAAUAACGCCUUGAUAUUUGAGGAGCACCAGAUCUGUAGCAGCACCAACAUGUACAACAUCUUGCAGACCAUAGAUAGUGUCGGCCUGUUUGUGGAGGACGAGAACAAGUUCAUCUUCAGCAAUGUUCUCGUGGGCCAUCAGGCCAAGGCUCGGUUCAAGAUCAGCAACAUGGGGAAGAUCGCCUGUGAUGUGAACAUUGUGGUUAAGCCUGUCUCCAACAAGAUGGUUGCUCGCAUCAUCGACAUCUUCGAAGUGGAACCCAACAAGAUGUGCAUUGCCAGUCGCUCACAUGGCUUUGCCACAGUGUCCUUCACCCCACAGGCCAUGCAAACCUACCAGUGUAUCUUCGAGGCUACUUUGGAUGGCUUGCCCAGCAACCUGACCAAGAACCGAAGCCUUGUGUUUGAUAUUGUGGGAGAGGGCAACCUCCCUCGAGUGACUGUCGUGCGGCCAGUUCUCUAUAACCAAACUGGGAACCCCUUGCUCCUCUUUAAGAGGCUGCUUCUUGGUCAUUCAGAGAAACUACCUCUCAUCCUGAAGAACAAUGGCACCAUCCCCGCCCAGCUGCAUGUUGACCUGCAGGACCAGCUAGGCGUCUUCUCCCUGAAAGGGAGGCCCACUACCUCCUACAUCUACAUUACAGAAGAAAACAAACCCCAUGCCAAAGCAAAGAAAGCUCACACGGCCUCCCUGGUUGUUCCUCCUGGAAACACAGCUGAAUUUGAUGUUAUUUUCCACUCCCAAAAGGUUGGGAGGAUAACAGGCAUCAUCCACUUGUCAGUGAUCAACAACCAGUAUGAAGACACAGUCAUCCACAUGGUGGGAGAGGGCUAUGAGGACGACAUCACAUUAGACAACAUCCACAGGCUGGCGGCUUCCGCCACCAGCCAGAAGACCUCAGACACCUCUGAGAUGAUCGAAGAAAACCCUGUGGAAGACUUGGUGGCAGCUGCUCUGGUGGACCACAUCCAGUUCGGGGACUGCCACAUUGGAAACAGCUAUAAUGUGAGCUUCACAGUCACUAACCACAGCCAAGUGAAUGUGAUACGGUUUGAAUGGCCCCUUUUAGCUACAAUUUCCUUUUCACCACAGAUUGGCCACCUCCACCCUGGGUGCUCCAAGGACAUAGUGGUGACAAUGAAGUCAGACAUGCCCAUCAACCUGAAGAAGAUGGGGGUCAAGUGUAAGCUCUCCAAGAUCGUGUUUCAGCUCCCUGCAGACCAGGUUCAUGACUGGGAUGACCGCAUGCGCACAGUCAAGUGGGUGGACGCACACAGAAACAUGCCUGGGACUUUAACUACAAAACGAAAAGUGGUAGAGAUGGAUCCUGAGCCUGCUCACUCAAUACUGGAAGAAAACUAUCGAGAACUGCAGCUUCAGAUCAGUGCAAACGUGGAUUUCGCCUCAUACAAGUGCCAAACAAGUGAUGUGCGCUUUAAGGAAACGCUAGUUUACCAAACCCGAGUGUUUGAGUUUGAACUGAUUAAUUCAGGAAAUGUGCAGCUGGAAUUCAGCUGGAACCUAGAAGAGGUGGCAAAGGCUGUCAGCUUUGUCAUGCCGGAUAACCAAGGUUCCUCUCAAAAAGAGCAACUGAGCCAGGGGACACUGCUCACAGGCAGCACUCUGGAGAGCGCUGUGGACCACUGGAACGAAGCUCUCUCACAGUCCUUCUCUGUGGAGCCUACCUCGGGCGUCGUGCCUAUGGGGAAGACUCAGAAGAUCAAAGUGAAAUUCUCCCCAUUGGAGGUCGGAGACUUCGAGAGCAAUCUUUCCUGCCAGAUUCCCAACCUGCCGCCUGGAGAGCGAGGCCCGGUCUUGUCAGCAAAAGGGCGGAGCUGCUUGCCCUUUUGCCAUUUUGACCUGAAAGACUCGGACUACAUCAGUGGUCAUCGGCGCAACCCGGAUCUCCGCGGGCCUAGCGGUGGGGCUGUGGAUCCAAACACCCGGGUGAUUGAAUUCACCAGUGUGGGCAUAGGAGGGAAGAAUCUCCGGACUUUUACAAUCCUGAACCCAACCACUAGCACCUACUCCUUCUGCUGGGUCUCUGAAGAAAUGGAAAGUCUCCAGAACCCUCCAGCCUUCACAUGCCUGACAGAGAAAGGCUUCAUCCACCCUGAAAAGAAAGCUGAGAUUGUCUUCCAGUUCACGCCUUCCCAUCUGGACAUCACGGAAGCAUUCUGGACUUUCUUAAUCCCCGAACACAACAUCACAGUCCCUUUCCUGCUGGUAGGCAAAGCCUCUGACCCUCUCAUCAAUCUGAACAAAUCACACCUCAACUUCAGUUGUCUCCUCAUCGGCCGGGAAGCCAGGGAGACCGUGCAGAUCAUCAACAGGGAGGAACAGGGCUUCAGUUUUGCCUUUCAAGACAACUCCCGAUAUUCUGAGGGUUUCAGUGACAACCUGGUCGUAUGUCCUAUGGAAGGCUGGCUUCCACCACUGUCCAGGUUACCAAUUGAUAUUUUCUUCACACCAAAGCAAGAAAGAGAUGUGAACUUUAAUUUGAUCUGCAAUGUGAAAAACAAAGCCCACCCUUUGACCUUAAAUGUCAAGGCUGAGGGCUACACUAUGAAAGCACAGAUCAAGUGCAAAGACAGGACUGGCUUGAGCACUCUCUUGACUUCCAACCAGAUCACCAUUGUCAACUUCUAUGAGGUGGAGUUGAAUGAAUGUGUCCGGUGUGAAUUCACCUUUAUCAACACUGGAAAGUUCACCUUCAGCUUCCAGGCAGAGCUAUCUGGCCCCAAAGCCCUGCUGCAAUACUUGGAGUUUUCACCCAUCGAUGGCAGUGUGGAUGUAGGGCAGAGUACAGCUGCCUCCCUGUCUUUCCAUCCGUUUAAGAAGUGUGUCUUGAAGGGCCUAGAACUCAGAAUCAAGAUCAGCCACGGUCUAACAUUUAUAUGCAGCAUCUCAGGCUGUGCCGUGAGCCCGGCCAUCCAUUUCUCCUUCACCAGCUACGACUUUGGGACCUGCUUCAUCUACCAAGCCGGGAUGCCCCCGUACAAACAAACCCUGGUCAUCGCCAACAAGGAAGAAACGUCUAUGAGCAUAGAUUGCUUGUACACCAAUACCACCCACCUCGAGGUGAACUUCCGUGUUGAUGUGAUAAAGCCAGGAAAGGCCCUGGAGAUUCCAAUCACCUUUUAUCCUCGAGAAAGUAUCAAUUAUCGAGAACUCAUCCCCUUUGAAAUCAAUGGGCUCUCCCAGCAAGUAGUUGAAAUCAAAGGGAAAGGCACCGCAAUGAAGAUUUUAGUCCUAGAUCCAGCCAAUAGGAUUGUGAAGUUAGGAGCCGUCCUGCCAGGACAGGUUGUGAAAAAAACAGUUUCCGUCAUGAACAACAGCCAGGCCCCGCUCACAUUUAUCCAGUCGAUCCUGUUUUCGGUCCCAGAACUCCAGGAACCCAAGGUCAUCACCUUGACACCAUCCCACAGCAUCACUCUGAAGCCCAAAGAAGUCUGUAAGCUGGAGGUCAUCUUCGCCCCGAAGAAGCGCAUACCUCCCUUCUCUGAGGAAGUGUUCAUGGAAAGCAUGGGGCUUCUGCGCCCCCUCUUCCUCCUCAGCGGCUGCUGCCAGGCCCUGGAGAUCUCCCUGGACCAGGAGCAUCUUCCCUUUGGACCAGUCAUAUGUCAGACACAAGCCACACGUCGCAUCCUUAUGUUGAACACGGGCGACGUGGGUGCAAGGUUUAAAUGGGAUGUCAGAAAAUUUAGGCCUCAUUUCUCCAUCAGCCCGGAAGAAGGCUAUAUCACUGCAGGCAUGGAGGUUUCUCUUGAAGUGAUCUAUCAUCCCACCGAGGUGGGCAAGGAGAGUCUCUACAAAAAUUUGCUCUGCUUCAUCCAGGGAGGCAGUCCUCUGAGCCUCACCCUGUCUGGAGUCUGUGUGGGACCACCUGCAGUAAAAGAGGUGGUAAAUUUCACCUGCCAGGUGCGCUCCAAACACACGCAGACCAUCCUGCUUUCAAACCGCACCAACCAGACCUGGCAUCUGCACCCCAUUUUUGAGGGUGAGCACUGGGAGGGGCCCGAGUUCAUCACUCUGGAGCCCCAUCAGCAAAACAAGCCCUAUGAGAUUACCUACAGGCCCCGCACCAUGAACUUGGAGAACCGCAAGCAUCAGGGCACCCUCUUCUUCCCGCUCCCAGAUGGGACUGGCUGGCUGUAUGCACUGCAUGGGACUUCUGAGCUCCCAAAAGCCGUGGCCAAUAUCUACCGUGAAGUGCCAUGUAAGACACCCUACACUGAGCUCCUGCCAAUCACCAACUGGCUAAACAAGCCCCAGAGAUUCCGAGCCAUUGUGGAAAUGCUAAAACCAGAGAGGCCAGACCUUAGUGUCACCUUAAAGGGCCUUGAUUAUAUUGACGUGUUGUCUGGCUCCAAGAAAGACUACAAGCUGAACUUCUUUUCCCACAAGGAAGGACUGUACAGUGCAAAGGUGAUCUUCCGAAACGAGGUGACCAACGAGUUCCUGUACUACACAGUGAGUUUCAGAGUUAUCCCUUCAGGCGUCAUCAAAACCAUCGAGAUGGUGAGCCCCGUCCGGCAGAGUACAUCGGCCUCCAUCAAAGUGGAGAACCCCCUGCCCUACCCAGUGACCUUUGCCACGGAAUGCAGGGUGCCUGACAUCAGCCUGCCCUCCCAGUUUGUGGUGCCUGCUAACUCGGAGGGCACAUUCUCAUUUGAAUUCCAGCCCCUGAGAGCUGGAGAAACCUUUGGGAGACUAGUUCUGCACAACAAUGAUUUGGGUUACUACCAGUAUGAGCUCAAUUUGAAGGCCUUGCCAGCACUGCCUGAAAAGCCUGUCCACCUCCAGGCUGUUCUUGGCAGCGGCCAGAGCAUCUUUGCCAAGAUCAUCAAUUAUACCCGGCAGAAGACAGAAUACUUCUGCAGGACCGACUGUCCAGACUUCCACACGGAAAAGGUCAUUGGCGCAGCGCCAGGAGCUCAGGGGGGUACCGAAGUCAGCGUGGAAGUCUAUUUCGAGCCCAGCCACCUGGGUGAGACCAAGGGCAUCCUGACCCUGUCAUCACUUACUGGUGGGGAGUAUACCAUCCCCCUCUUCGGAAUGGCCCUACCCCCCAAGCCGCAAGGUCCCUUCCUGAUCCGAGCCGGGUACAGCAUAGUCAUCCCCUUCAAGAAUGUUUUCUACCAAACGGUCUCGUUCUCCUUCAUCGUGGAGAACCCAGCCUUCUCCGUCCGUGCCGUCGAGUCCAUGCGGCCCAAGAAGAUCAACAACAUCACAGUCUCUUUUGAUGGAAAUCCAUCGGGCAGCAAAAUUCCCAUCACCAGCAAGCUGAUUGUGGCGUGCCCGCCCGGCGAAGGCAGAGAAACAGGAAUUAAGUGGGUUUAUUAUCUGAAGGGCAUCACCCCGUAGUGGGAGCCAGGGUCAGCUGCAUUCAGGAAGAGCCAUCUCCUCAGCCUUAAUAACUGUGUAUUGCUCUAGCCUGGCAAAGAGCAGAGAAAAUAAUCAGAAUUCUUAAGGUACCGUUUUGUCCUCCUCAUUCAAUUAUAAGGGCACUUAUUUCCAUAUUAUAUGUAUUCCAAGUAUAUGUAUGAAAUAUAUAUAUUCCAUAGUAAACAUGGUAACUAUAAGAAACA